AAAUCAUGUAUAAUGCAAUGUGUGGUAAAAGCAGACAAACUUAAUAAUUGUAGACUUGAAGCAAGGCUGCAACAUGUCCCUCGCCUUUGACGUGGACAAUCCAAGUGGCAGCACUGCUUAUCAAAGCUUAAAACAUGAUUCAAGUGAUAAAAUAAAAUCCACAACAGCGCCAGCAUCCGCACAUUUGAGAUACAGCAUGAGUACGGCGUGGAUGCGACAAUGUCGACCAUAUAAACUAACGAUACUAAUACUGCUACUCCUAAUACUGCUACCCCUGCUGGCGCACCGCAAAUUGUUAAAUGCCGAGUUGGAUGCGCCGCCAACAGAUGUGCAUCGCUCCCGGCCUCUGCUGGAUGCCUAUGAGGACUUCACUGCGAUGCGGGCCAGUGAUCUAAAGAUGCGCAUAGAAGAAAUGCUGAGAAUUAAGAGCACCGUCUCUGUGGAGCUACGUGAGUUAGAAUCUCGUCGUCAAAAGCUGCAGUCGGACAUCAGUCAGUACAAUCAAAAGCUUGAGGAGCUCAAGCAAGAGCUGUUGCGCGAACAAACAGAACUCGAGCGGCUAAAGAUCUCUGUGGAGCAGGCGCAAGUGGCACAGCGGGAAGCCGUACAGCGCAACACACCGGAAUUGGCGCUUCCUCGCACCUUGACGCCCAAUUCGCUGCCUAGGAGAAUGAAGGGCAUUAGCGAUGGAGUUGCAGCUGCCUGCGAGAUGCACAAUUGCUUCGAUCACUCACGUUGUAGCCUCACGUCCGGCUUCCCCGUCUAUCUAUACGAUCCGGACGUCUACAAUGUGCAGCGCUCGGGCUACGAUAUCGAUGGAUUCCUAAAGACGACCAUAAAACAAACUUUGGGCUACAAUGCGCACAUUGUGCGAGAUCCCAAACAGGCUUGCAUCUACCUUGUGCUUGUGGGAGAGGCUCUCCUAGAGGAGGAUUUGCUGCGCAACAAUCGAUACGCCGCCCAGGAGGAGGUGGCACAACAUCCUCACAUUCUGUCCAAUUCGAUGGCUGCCAACAACUCGCCCAUAGAUUUGGGAAAGCUGUAUCAGUUGCCCUAUUGGGGCGGCGACGGAAGGAAUCAUGUUCUGCUGAAUCUGGCACGUCGCGAUUUAAAUUCUGCUAGGACUAAUCCGCUGCUGCAGCAGAACACGAUGCGUGCGAUUAUAGUGCAGAGCACGUUUGAACGAGAUCAAUUUCGACCCAAUUACGAUUUGAUUGUGCCACCCAUUCUGGGUCCGCCUGGUGGCGAUGUUUGGCAGGAGUGCGCCAGCAUGGUGCCGGCACGCCGCAAGUACUUGCUCACCUUCCAAGGUGAGCUGCGACCCUCGCAGGCGGCUCUUCAGCCGCUAGAUGACUUCAUAAUGGAACACCUGAAGGACAUGUCGCGCUCAUCGACUCAGGAUCAGUUUUUGCUGCAAUUCCAAUGUGUGCCCGCCACAGAGCAGCAGGAGACGGGCUCCCUGGGCGACUGGACUCUCUGUGGCUCCGACAGCUCACGCAAGCAACUGCUCAAGGACUCAACCUACGUGCUCAUACUGCCACCAUUGGGCCAACGGGUCAGCUCGACGCUCAUGUUGGCGCGUCUCUAUGAAGCGCUGCGCUCGGGCGCUGUGCCCGUAAUCCUUGGUGCCGAUGAAUUGCGUCUGCCAUACGCCGAGACCAUUGACUGGCGUCGCACUGCCCUGCUGCUGCCGAAAGCCCGCAUUACGGAGCUUCAUUUCCUGCUGCGCGCCGUUCAGGAUUCAGAUUUGCUGCUGUUGCGUCGUCAAGGACGUCUCAUCUGGGAGCGAUAUCUGAGCUCUGUGCAGGCCACAGUGGACACGGUCAUAGCCAGCAUGCGUGAUCGACUGGGUAUACCGCCACGCCCGGUGCCACCUGUUGUCGCUCAGAGCGUUUUCAACAGCACGUUUAUUCCGCUGAAAUCGGAGCCGCCUGUUGGAAUGGACACGGAGCCGGAGGAGUCGUUGGGACCAAUUGAGCCGCCCUAUCCAAGUCCAGCGUUUCGUCGCAACUAUACAAUACUCCGCAUACAAUCGAAAGAGGCAUGGAACGAUUGGAUGGAUCCAUUUUUCCUUUAUCCCCAAUUGCCCUUCGAUCCGGCCCUGCCGUCGGAGGCAAAGUUCAUGGGCUCCCACACGGGCUUUCGGCCCAUUGGCAAGGGCAUUGGCGGCGCUGGCAAGGAGUUCAGUGAAGCGCUCGGUGGCAAUUAUCCGCGCGAGCAAUUCACCAUUGUCAUACUCACGUACGAACGGGAGCAGGUGCUGAUGGAGUCACUGGGUCGCCUCUACGGUCUGCCCUAUCUGCAUAAAGUCGUUGUCGUUUGGAACUCACCCAAACCGCCGUUGGACGAUCUGCGUUGGCCCGACAUUGGUGUGCCCGUUUCGGUGGUGCGUGCGCCACGCAAUUCGCUCAAUAAUCGCUUUCUGCCCUUCGAUGUUAUCGAGACGGAGGCGGUGCUAUCAGUGGACGACGAUGCUCACCUGCGGCACGAUGAGAUUCUGUUCGGCUUUCGUGUCUGGCGCGAGCAUCGCGAUCGGGUGGUCGGCUUCCCGGGCCGCUAUCAUGCCUGGGACCUGAGCAGCAACAACCUGUGGCACUACAACUCCAACUACAGCUGCGAGCUGAGCAUGGUGCUCACUGGUGCUGCGUUUAUACACAAGUAUUACAUGUUCCUGUAUACGUAUCAACUGCCGCAGGCCAUACGCGACAAGGUGGACGAGUAUAUGAACUGCGAGGAUAUCGCUAUGAAUUUUCUUGUCUCUCAUUUGACGCGACGACCGCCUGUUAAAGUGACCUCACGCUGGACCUUCCGCUGUCCCGGCUGUCCAGUGUCCCUGAGCGAGGAUGACACCCACUUUCAGGAGCGCCACAAAUGCAUCAAUUUCUUUAGCCAGGUCUUUGGCUAUACGCCGCUGCUGAACACCCAAUACCGGGCCGACUCAAUACUCUUUAAGACGCGUAUUCCGCACGACAAGCAGAAAUGCUUCAAGUAUAUAUAGACGCCGCAUAUCAUUAUCAUUCAACGGACGUACUUAUAGAGACUCUUUUUUCUUCUUCUUAGCCCGUAAGCAAAUAGUUGUGGCCAUAAUAGUAGUUGGCCAGAUAAGUGGUUUGUGUAAAUACGUUUAUAUAUGUAGCUGCCAUAAUAACGGAAUUUCAAUUCGAUUUUCGAAGCGAACAGAAGUUGUCCAAAGAGUUUACGAAGACUUCUUAACUACCUUAAGUUCAUGUGACUUUGUAUAUAGCCUUGUAUUAGACUUAAUUGUUCAAUUUUAGUCGUUUCAUUUGUAUAACAGUAAUUUAAUUUUUAUAAACGUCCG